GUAUUCAGGCAUAAACACACUGCUGGCUGUACUGUACAGCUGUCCGUGUGUUGAUCACAGAGAAAUACUGUACUGGAUGCAUGUUGGUUCACGCUCCCAGACCGCUGUUUACAGCAACGCGGGCUACCCCUAUGUUGACAUCCAACUCCCCUUAUAGACCACCCACAGGUUCAAACUCGUGAAUGUUUUGGUUUUCACCUGAGACAGUCCUACUAGACACCAUCCCAACAUCCCAUUACAACCACUCUACAGUCCACGAUGCCCCCAAUAUCCUCCGACAGAGACCUCCACAAGCUCCUCGACACCCCAAACAAGCAAGUCAAAUGGGCCAAGAAGCUCAUCCCGUCACAUCUUAACACCAACGUCAAGCGCGUCGACAGACCCCCUAUGCAAGGCAUGUUCAGCCGGACCUUCUUCCUAACCCUAGCCGACGGCCGUGAUGUAGUCCUGCAGUACCGCACCGAGCCACUCGACCUGGACGCGUUCAGGAUCGCAAGACAAGCGCUAGGCCCUGUCGUGCCCGAGAUCAUGGCUUUGGAAGACGAAGAGCUUCUCAGCGCGCGUGUCUGGGCUUACUCCAUGACGCGUUUACCUGGGAAGAUGUGGGUGCAUGGUGUUGCGGGCAAGGGUGGUGAAGGCAGGAUUGCGAUAAACAAGUCGCUUGGGAGGGUGUUUGCGAGGGGGUGGGUUAAGGAGACGAGUGAUGAGGCGGUUGAUGGGAAGAUAAGGGGGCAUAUAGAGGCGAUUGAUGGGAAGAUAAGGGGGCAUAUAGAGGCGAUUGAUGGGAAGAUAAGGGGGCAUAUAGAGGCGAUCUUGGCGUCGGGGUUGGAGGAGGUCCAGCCGUACCGGGGGCAGUUACUGGGUUUUCUAGGCAGGCUGGAGGAGUUGAAGAAACUCCCGCUUUGGGUUGCACAUUACGAUCUGAAUGAAGUGAAUGUGCUGAUUGAUGAGGAGUGCCAAGUUACUGGGUUGAUCGACUGGGAGCUGUCUACUCCAAUGCCGUUUGGAGUCGGGUUCGGGCGCAUUCACACCAUCGCAGGCGAAUAUACGGGAGGGGAGUUUUGGAUGCCUGAUGAAUUCGAGGGUGCGGAACGGGCGUUUUGGAAUGAGAUGUUUGAUGGCAUGCCUGAGGAGACUCGUGAGUUGUUGAAGAGACAGAUUCACCUGGUCCAGGACGCCGUCAUCCUCGGGACUCUGUUGAGCUGCUUCUUCUUCGAGGACGGCAAGGUCGGCUCACACCAGGUUGGCCUGAAGGCUCUCCCCAAGUUUCUUACGUAUCGGAUCCCUUUUGUGAGAGGGGAUGAAGCCCCGUACAAAGACUAGGGCUGGUUGCUUUAGCUUGGCUGGCGAGGCUGGUCAUGCUACGUGAGGCAGGCGACGUUUUAAACAGAUGCACUGGCUGGAUCCGGGUGUACCUCGACCUAGACAUAGAACACUUCAAGUUGCUCUGUGUUUUGCGACCUUUAAAAACAAGAGGACUCCAAUGUCAAGGCUUCUCAUACUUGGCUGUCUACGAGUUGAGAUUCCCUCACCCACUGCAGACCUAUCGUCAGGAAGGCCCGACUUUAUUGCAAGACUUCAUCAGUUGACGGGUAAGGUACGCAAGUAAUGUACUGUGUAAGGAGAAUAUCACGAUUCCCGUCUCCCACUGAUCGGCAGAGAGUGCUCCUCCUGGGUUUCCUGUGCUGUGCGGUGGGAUUGGAGUUGAAAAGGCACGUGGGCAGCACGGCUGGUUAUGACUUACUGUAGUUCCAUGUUGUCAAG